UCGCGAUUAGUCAGGCUUAUCGGUCCAUGGACCUCGAUAAGGGGCACCGAUUAGGUUGGAGCGACUAGUUUUCUAGUCGUCCGACUAGUCGUCGACUAGUCGUCGACUAGUCGCGAUUAGUCACACCGUUCAUGUGAAAAACCGAUCAGACAUGAACUUUUCCUGGGCUGUUUUGCGUUAUGGGCUUGGGCCGGUGGUGGGCUGGAGAGGUGGCCCAUUAGGUUUUAGGUAUAGAGGUAUAACAGCUCCCCAGCAGUCUACCCUCCACCAUCCAUCCCGACGCCCGCCGCCCCGCCCAAAUCGCGCUGCUGCCAGCGGCUCCGGCUCCGCUCCGCCUCGCCUCCGCCUCUGCCUCCGCCUCUGCUCCGCCUAGCCUCCGCCUCCACCUCCGGCUCCGCCAGGCCUUGGGCACCGGCGUUCCUUUGCUCCACCUCCGGCUCCGGCUCCCCCAAGGCUGCCACCACCAGCGUGCAAGAUGAGCUCCUCUUCCUCCGACGGUAAGUGUUCUGCUUGCUACUUUUCCGCUUCCCCUCCCCUGCUCUGCUCUGUGCUCUACUGUGCUCUGCUCUGUGCUCUGCUUGCUAUUCUUCGGCUUCCCCUCCCCUCCCCUGCUCUGCUCUGUGCUCUACUUGCUAUUCUUCCGCUUCCCCUCUUGCUUGCUAUUCUUCUAGCUUCUUUCUCUCCUCUGCUUAGUGUUAUGUGUAUGUGCAGAAGUGGAUCGACGCCACAGAGCUGUGGAAGUGUUGCUGCCUGAGAAUGAAGUAGGUGCCACAGGGACAAGGUCAUCAGUUGCUGAAACUGCUUGUUCAGCCGCUCCAGAUGGCCAAUCCCUUGCAGCAAAGGCCAUAGCUGCACUACCACCAGAUCUUGCAGAGAUGGCUCAAGAUCCUAAGAGGAAGGCAAGAUCUAGUGACCCUGGAUGGAAGUAUGGGUUCUGGCCAGAUGUUCUGAAGAAGGAGAUGGUGCAAUGCAUAUUUUGUAAGAAGGUUGUCCCUGCAGGAAUCAAAAGGUUUAAGCAGCACCUUGCUGGGGGUUUUGGUGAUGCAGUGAAAUGUCCAAAAGCUCCAGAGUUGGUUAGGAAAGAGAUGCAUGCUUACUUGAAGAAGAACUCAAGGACUGUGCUUCUGAAUUUGGAUGAAGGUGAACAAGGUGAAGCUCAGGAGGGGCAAGAGGGUGGUGAAUCCCAAGAGCAAGCGGGUGAAGUUGAACAACAACCUGCAAGAGUUCCCAGUUCUGGGACAAAAAUAAAGCAAUCAAAGAUUAAAAUUGCUCAAACUGCAAUCAGUUCCUUCCUGGUUUCUGGUCCAGUAAAGCCACAGACACAGAAGUACUCCAAGUCCGUAAGUUCCAUGCUUUGUGAUACACUAGAAGAAGUAGUAGCAAAAAGACAUAAAUCCAAGACCUCUCAGCCAACUCUUGAGCAUUGCACAAAGAAAGAUAAGGAGGCAAAACAAAUUGUUGAUGACCAUGUUGCUGAUUUCUUUUAUGAGAAUGGUAUACCAUUCAAUGCCAACAACUCAAGAAGCUGGGAGAUUAUGCUUGAGUCCAUUGGCUAAUAUGGUCAUGGGUAUCGCUCACCAACAUACCAUGACAUUAGGGGUCCGUUGCUUGAAAGGGCUGUUGAAAGGACAGCAAAACUAAGGAAGAAAAAUGAGGAGGCUUGGAAAGAAUAUGGUUGCACAAUCAUGUCGGAUGGGUGGACAGAUACAAGCCAUCGCCAUCUCAUCAACUUUCUUGCCAAUAGUCCAGCAGGGACCUUCUUCCUAGGCUCAGUGAAUGCUUCAAGUGAGGUAGCAGAUGCAAAUAUGUUAGCAGAUUUGUUGGAGAACCAAAUUGACAAAGUUGGGAAAGAAUAUGUAGUGCAGCUAGUCACUGACAACGGAGCCAAUUUCAAGGCAGCGGGAAGGAUUUUAAUGGAGAGGAUCCCACAUUUGUUUUGGACACCUUGUGCUACACAUUGCUUGAAUUUGAUGUUGCCGGACAUUGGAGAGAUAAAGGAUUUCAACACAGCAAUCAAUUGGGCAACAUCUUGAUCUUAUGAGGGAUAAGAUAGGUGGAGAUCUUGUAAGGCCAGCUGUGACUCGCUUUGCUACUUCAUAUCUCACAUUGGCAAGUAUGCAUCAGCACAAUAAUGGUCUGAAAACUUUAUUUGUUAGUGAUGAAUGGCAGGCUAACACCUUGUCUAAAUCUGCUGAAGGACAGCAAUGUCAAAAAAUUGCCCUUUCAUUGCCAUUUUGGAACAAAGUGGAAAAUUGCCUAAGAGCUUCUCAGCCACUCCUUGUUGCUUUAAGAAUAGCUGAUGGAGAUGAGACACCAGCAGCUCCUGAGAUCAUGGCAACAAUGGAUAUUGCAAAGAGCUCCAUCAAGGAAUCUCUGAAAGACAAACCUAGUUUACUUAAUGAAGUAAUGGGGUGCUAUGAGAAGAGGUGGGAAAAUCAAAUGGAGCAAAAGUUGUAUGGUGCAGCCCUAUUCUUGAAUCCAGGCAAGUUCUUUGUUAUAAGAGAAAAUGACAGGAGACAAGCUGCAAGGCUAAGGUCCAUGUUCAAUGAUGUUUUCUGGAAGAUGGUCUUGGAUGAUAAUGAACAGACCAAGAUUAGUAAGCAAGCUGAUGAUUACGAAAGGUCUGAAGGUGAUUGCUUCUCAAAGCCAUUAGCAAUAAGAGAUAGAGAUAAAAAGAAUCCUAUUCUUUGGUGGGGAUCAUAUGGUGGCUUAGCAUAUGAGCUCCAAAGUUUAGCAAAAAGAAUCAUAAGUCUUUGCUGUUCAGCAUCUGGAUGUGAGCGUAAUUGGAGCGCAUUUGCUCAUGUCCAUACCAAAAAGAGAAACAGAUUAGAGCACAAAAGGCUGAACAAGUUGGUGUAUGUUAGCUACAACCGGAAGAUGGCAAAUAGAUUUCAAAAAAUUAGAGAACUCGGUUCCAAAGGAAAGAGAUCGAACCCACUGCUACUUGAAGAGUUUCAAUGGGAGAAUGAAUGGGUUGAUGAAAAUUGUGAACCAGUUCACACAGGAGCAGCAGCUGAUGAUGCUGGCAAUACUUUGACUUGGGCUCAAGUGGAUGUAGCUAGUGAGGCAACUGAAGCUCUACGGGGUCGUGGCUUGCCUAGGGCUGCUACUGCUCGUGCUGCUGCUACUGUCUGCCAUACUUAUGCUAGGAAGAGGAAGCGUCCAAGGAAGCAGCGAGCUACAGAUAUUGCUGAAGAAGAUGACAGUGAUCAUGAGAUGAUAGAUGCGGCAAAUGACCAGCUUGAUGGAUCUGAUUCAGACGCAAUAAUGGAUCAAGAUCAGGAGGAUGCAGAUUCUGGAGGAUGUGCAAUAGCUGUGGCCGGAGGCUUCCAAUUGAAUUCUGAUUUGCUUAAUUAGAUGCAUGGCUGUCUUAUUUUGUUGUUGACUUGUUGAACUCUUGAAUGGUGUUGUGUUGAGCUGACAGCUGAGCACUUCAGCUUUUGUUGUGUGAAGUGUGAACCAAUUUAUGAACUAUGUAGUAUGUAGUUAUGUACUGAACCUAUUUAGUGAUCAAGUCAUGUGCUUUUUUAAAAAUA